CCACGACCCGAUCAAAAGUGCACGCAAGCGCAAAAGCGCGCACUCAGAAUGUCGACCCAGGUCGCUCAGGUCGCCAAGGUCGCCAAAUCGUCGCAACCCAUGGACACGGUCAUGACCGUGGAAGCUGUCGUGAUCAACAUUGCGCAGUUCAUACACGAUGUCGCCGGCGUCCUCACGUUGCUCGAGGCCGUGCCGUUGACGCCGUUGCUGUCGUCGCUCCAGCGGCUGAUGGAGCGUCUGGAGAUGCGCACCGAGGCUCCGAGUUGCUGGCCGCACCUCUCAGUGUUGGGGCUCAAGCACAAAGACCGUGCCGCCGCACUGGCUGCGAUGCCGGCCAUCGCCUCGGUCCGUGCCGAAGACGUCUUUUUCCGAAAUUUUGAGCGCUGCGAUGUCCCCUGCAGCGCCGCCUUUCUGGACUUUCUUUGUGCGACCGCCGACAAAUGGCCGGCCAAGCUAUCGCGCGUCGGCCUUUCGAUGCCAACGAGCGACGACAACGUGGCGCGCGUCUGUCGAGCGCUACGCCGGUGCGACCAUCUCGGCAGCAUUCAAGUCAACGCUGUCGACCAGUGCCACACGUCCGUGCUGGAGGCGGCGCAUCACAUCCGUUGUCUUGAAUGGGUGUACGACGGCUACUCGAGUGUCGUUGCACGAGCGCUGAUGUGGUCGGCGGCCAUUACGGCCUGGCUGAUCGCGGGUCCAACGACCCACAUCGGAUUCCACCGGCUUGACUUCACCUCGUACAGCUCGGCUGGCCCGCUGUGGUCUCUCCAUGACGACGACCUCGCGUUUGCAAAGGCGCUCGCAACCGUGCCGAGUCUUACGCUGCAAGGUGCCGAUAGCAUCGCCGACAUGCUUGUGGGGCUGCACACUCCGCUCCAUGCUCUGACGCAACUGAGCAUCAACGCCGAAGAUGUCGCCCGCGUAGAAGGCCUUUUCGGUCUCGUCGACUUGGCCAAGAUCACGCACCUCGAUAUCACACUGCGUGGACGUCAGCAGGACCUCCUCAGUUGUUUUGGCGCGGCGCUGCCCCAGCUAACGUCGCUGCAAGAGCUCAGGCUAGACGGGAUGGCUCUGGCAGAGGCAACGACAACGAGUCUCCGUGUCGUGUGCAUCGACAAUGUCGAGUGCUCGGAGCUUGUGGCGCGUCGCCUUCUCCAGUGGAUCUCGUCCUCGCCGUGCCUCAACGAAGUGUCGUGGUACGGCCUCGAAUACGCCGACAUCCUCUACACGGAGCUCGCAACGAACUUGCGCUCAUGGAUCGACGUCGGCGUGCACCGCGUGGGGCUGACAAGGGCGGGUCUUGACGAUGCCGGCGCGACAGAAAUGGCGCAGGUCCUGCGCGACACGCAUCACGCGUCCGGCCUGAUGCUGGACUUCCGAUUCAACGACUUUUUGGACGUCGACGGCGCACGGGAGCUCAUUAACGCGCUCGGAACCUGCUCAAACGUCACGCUUGCUCUUGACCUCUCGGAUACGACGCCUGUCGAGACAUUCGCAGAGUUGUUCGCCUCGCACAAUCUGACAUGGCGCAUCAAGUACGAUGAGCAGAAUAUGUGCGACUUUCUCAGCGUGUCCAGCCAAACGACCCAAAGGCGCGCGACGUAGCUUGCAUCUGCGCUUCGAUUAUAGACGAAUUUUGUUGCCGACCAAGUUAAUGCGAGUAGUUGCUCGUCGCUUGAAGUCGUUACAGCCUACUAGGAAGGCGGCGCGAAAUGUCAUGGUCUGGUCAACGCUUGCUGCUUUUCCAUUCCACACUCACGAGGACGGUGAACGUGGUGCAUGGUCUCAUCCCCGAAGACGCUCGGCGCCUACGAAAACCCUAGCCAUAAGACUUGAAUCAUAAGACUUGAAUCGGUGCCAGAC